AUGUCUUGGAAAGGCACGUUACCUAAAAAGUAUAUACAUUUAUCAGAUAAUUUCGAUAAUGAAAAGAAGAUAGACAAGAAAUUAAUAAAUCUGAAACUGAACAAUUUAAUGCUUUCAAGAUGGAAAAAUUUUGUUCAAAUAUAUACCGACGGGUCAAAGACAGAAAAUGGGGUUGGAUGCGCAGUUUGGAUCCCAAGUCAAAAUAAUCAACUUCAAAUUAAAAUACCCGACUGGGCUACAAUAUUCACGGCGGAAGUGAUGGCCAUUAAUGGAGCAUUAGACCUAAUCAAGAAACAUAAAUUGGAAAAAGUUAUAAUUUUGUCGGAUAGUAAAUCUGCUUUACACGCUUUAAAUAUACCUAAGUAUUUUGGCAAUCCACUAAUUUUCGACAGUAUUAGAAAGAUAGAAGAUUUAAUUAAACAGAAGCAUAAUAUUGAAUUAAUAUGGAUAAGAGGACAUGCGGAUAUCAUCGGAAAUGAGAUCGCGGAUGGACUGGCCAAAGAUGCACAUAGCACAUCCACUAUUGUAAAUAAAAUUCCUGCAGUAGACCUUAAAGGAAUUGUUACAAAAAAUGGAAUGACUCAAUGGCAAAAGGUAUUCGAUCAAGACUCACGUUUGAAAGGAAGACUUUACCAACCUUGUAACCCGAAGGUAUCGAGAAGGACAUGGUUUCAAAAUAUGAAAUGGAACAGGAGAGAAAUAACAACUAAUGUAGACUAA